GACGCUAAUGGUGUUUUGUUGACAUUUGUUUGUGAAACAAAAAACAGUAGGCACGCGUAUGGGAUCGCUUAUAUCUGUUGGGAAUCAACUAACUGAGAGACUGAAGAGAGAAAAUAGUUACUGAAAGACUUGGAGGUUUUAAAGGAGGUCAUACAAAGACUUAUAUCUCAAACCAAACCAGAAAGAAGAUCAGGAUCAGCAUCAGGACAGAGCAAGUCGGGAACAAAACAAACCGUGUCACCCUGACUACACACGGGCUGAAUCAUUUACAAGCUAACCGGCUGCCACUCUCUCGAUUUUACUUAUCACCUUUUAUAAACGCAACUAGCAUUCAGGACUAAAACUAACGGAGGCAACGCGCACUAAAUUCUUAACUCAAACGCUGUAUUUACGUGUAAUCAUGGUGAUUUAAGGUUAUACAAGCGCUGUCGGUCAGUCUAGCUAGUUAGCAAUCUAAUGUUAGCUUUUCUUACCCUUAUUUGAACUGCUUGAGCUGCUUAUAUUAGCUAGAGAAUGUAGCCUCGGUUCUCUGUCUCUGCUCGUUUCGUGUUAGUGUUUGCUAUAAACAGUUUGGGGUGACUAAAGAAUGAAGCACAAUGGCUAACUUUGAAGCCUACCAGGAGUAUCAGAGAAUUGAGGACUACGAGGAAGACUCUCCACCAGGAGAAGAAGACUUAUUGGUCCAUGUCCCCGAAAGUCUAAAAGACUCAUGGCACCAUAUCAAGAACUUGGAUAACUUCUUUACAAGAAUCUAUCACUAUCAUCAAAAAAAUGGCUUUGCCUGUAUGAUGUUGUCAGAAUUCUUUGAACUCAUUCAGUUUCUGUUUGUUGUCACAUUCACUACAUUCCUUGUCAACUGUGUGGAGUAUGAUGUCCUCUUUGCCAAUCGAGCAGUGAACCACACCGGGCAAGGCCAGAACCCUUACGAAAGAAACAAAGUGACGCUUCCGGAUGCCAUCGUACCAAGCCAGCAGUGCACACAGAGGAUACAAGACAACAGCUGGAUCAUAUUCCUUCUGAUAAUGGCUGCCACCUUCUGGAUCUACCGACUUAUUAAAGUCUUCUGCAACAUUUUGAGCUACUGGGAGAUCAGGCAGUUCUACAUCAAAGCACUGAAGAUUAAAAUGGAUGAACUAUGCAACUUCACGUGGCAGGAGGUCCAGGAUCGGCUCAUCAGUUUGCAGAGGGAACAGCAGAUGUGCAUUCACAAGAAAGAACUGACAGAACUUGACAUCUAUCACCGCAUCCUGCGCUUCAAGAACUACAUGGUGGCCAUGAUAAACAAAUCGCUGCUGCCAGUUCAUCUGCAGCUCCCCCUGCUGGGCAAUGUGGUCUUCUUAACCCAAGGCCUCAAGUACAAUUUCGAGCUCAUCCUUUUCUGGGGUCCCGGCUCCCUGUUUCAGAACAAGUGGAACCUGCACCCUAAGUACAAGCGCAGUGGAAAUCGCCUUGAGCUGGCUCAGAAGCUGAGCAGAGUGAUCCUGCUGAUAGGCUUGGCCAAUUUGCUGCUGUGUCCUUUCAUCCUGGUGUGGCAGGUGCUUUACGCUUUCUUCAGUUAUACUGAAGUGAUCCGCAGGGAGCCCGGAAGUUUGGGCGCACGCCGCUGGUCCCUCUACGGCCGCUUAUACCUGCGGCACUUCAACGAGCUGAACCACGAGCUGCAUGGACGAUUGGGUCGUGGCUACAAGCCCACUUCAAAAUACAUGAACUCCUUCACGUCGCCGCUCCUGACUGUUCUCGCCAAGAAUGUUGCUUUUUUCUCAGGCUCGGUGCUGGCUGUUCUCAUUGCACUGACUGUCUAUGAUGAGGACGUUCUUACAGUGCAGCACAUUCUGACCGCUAUCACUGUGCUGGGUGUAGUUAUCACUAUAACCAGGUCUUUCAUUCCGGAUGAACAUAUGGUUUGGUGUCCGGAGCAGCUUCUGCAGUGCGUGCUGGCUCAUAUCCAUUACAUGCCAGAUCACUGGAGGGGGAACGCAAACAAGAGCGAGACCCGUGACGAGGUGGCACAGCUGUUCCAAUACAAAGCGGUGUUCAUUUUGGAGGAACUUCUAAGUCCUAUUGUUACUCCCUUCAUCCUCAUAUUCCUCCUGAGAAACAAAUCCCUAGAAAUCAUCGACUUCUUCAGGAACUUCACUGUGGAGGUGGUUGGAGUCGGCGAUAUCUGCUCCUUUGCUCAGAUGGAUAUUAGGCGGCAUGGAAACCCAACAUGGAUGUCAGACGGCCAGACGGAGGCGUCUGUAUAUCAACAGGCUGAGAACGGCAAGACCGAGUUGUCCCUCAUGCAUUUCACCUUGAAGAACCCCCGCUGGCAGCCGCCUCAGGAGAGCUCACUGUUCAUCAGCCACUUAAAGGAGAAGGUGCAGCAUGACGCACAGGGUGGGCCUUCAACACAGUUGCUGCUCUCAGAGGCCCCUCUGUGCACCUCGCUGCACUCCAACGAGUCUGGCGCCGGGGCUGAAAGCCUUAUAGCCAGCGUCCUGAUCCACCCCAUCCUCACUGCAUCCGGAUUACCAGGGCGAGACCAUCGUUUCGUCCCGCCCAGCUCUGCUGCAUCUGCCGCAGCCAGUGUCCUGGCCUCUUUGUCCACCUCUCAUCAUGCACAUCCAAGCCGAAGCCGGCCCCAUGUCCUUCUGCCCUCCUCCGUUUACCCUGAGACCACCAUGUACCGCAGCGACCGCACCGUCAUUAACAGCAUGUCUAACAGCGACUCUCGCAUCCGGAGCAAUGCGCUGCACUCAGAGUUUGCCUCAGCAGAGAUGAGCCUUCAUGCCAUUUAUAUGCAUGAGCUCCAUCAGCAGACCUCCCAUCCACAGAGGACCUCAGGACAUUGGCAGAGUUCAGUGCCAAUGAGAGAUCUUCACACAAACACAGGUGAUCUGCUGUUUUUGAGGAAUCAGUUGGUGACCAAUAUUAGCUGAUUUUUCAGCUGAUAU